AAACACGCCCUUCGAAAUAUUUUUCGGAGAUUCAAAUUCCCGCCAAUACUAUUCACCGCUUUCAAAUUUAUCGCUUUCUUUCUUCUCUACGCUGUUUUGAUUCUGUUCAGGGAAGCUAUUAUCACAUGGGAACUAAUAGAAAGAGAAGGAUAAAGGCCUUGGAACCACAUUCAGAAAUUAAUGUGCAAGGUUGUAAGGGAGUUGAUAAAUCUAGGAAGAUAGGUGUCGAGCAGCAGCUUCAGGGAGCAACAGGAAAAACAGAAAAGAAUGAGCAGGCAUCACCUUCUGGUUUGGGUGACCCAGUAUCUUCGAAGUCUAAAACUACGACAACCGGUUUUGUGGAAGAAAUUACAACGCCACCUGCACUUGACCUGAAUACAGAAGAAAGACUUCAUCCUUUCACUAAGAUUAAGUUGCAGCUCUUUCCAAUAGAUGAAAGCACUUGUCUAGGAUUAGAAAAGGAUGGGUUUCAUUCAUACUUGGAACUGACUUUAAGUGCUAGAAAGAAGAUAUCCUCUGUGCUUAAGCACAUUGAUACCAAGUGGGGCAGGUCAAGCAUCGCUGUAGGGGAACCCAUGCUUUUCCCAUAUUUAGCAGAAAAUCUGACCAGUUACCGAUGGACUAGAAAUGACAUUUGUAUCAGUGCCAGGGAUGUCUAUGCAACAAUUGGAAGCCCAUCUGUGUUUCGUUUAAGGAAUGGGUGGAUGUGUGAUCUUGAAGCAAAAGCCUUGAGGCAGCCUUCUGGUGUAAAAGCUGAGAUAACUAGUGAAGAAUCUGGAACAAGUGGAGAAACAAAUGAAGCAGUUACUGAGAAGAUGUCUAAUGGAGUUGGUUCAAUGUUGCUGGAAGAGAUGGAUUCGCUGGCUGACAAGACCUUCACUCACAAGAAGCCACCGCCUACCUUUGUAGCUGGUGCAAAUGGUGAAUCGGUUCCAAAUGAAUUGUAUGAUGACUUUGUCGCACAAGAUAGUGCGUUGGCAUCGUGGCUGCUGUCAACGAUCAGCUCGCAUAUGCUUUCUCAAUUUGUUGGGGCAGAGACUGCGAUGGCUGCUUGGAACAAGGUCCUGCAGUUCUUUGCAAACCGCUCCACCACGGCAGUCAUCAGUCUCCAUUAUAAGCUUCAGUCACUCCGGAAAGGAGAUGACAGCAUGCGGACGUACUUGACCCGGAUCAAGGAAGUUUGUGAUGCGUUGACAUCGUGUGAUAGUUCCAUCUCCAAUGCAGAAUAA